UCGAUCCUCUCUGCUGCUCACCGUCAGCCCGAGAUGUCCCGUCAUCACGCUGCGGGCCGGUUGCCAUGGUAACCCGUGCUCCCGCCGCCGGCCGCGCGCCGCAGUGAGCAGAAGACAGACGGUGAGUCACCGACACCGAGACCAGCCCCGGUCAGCGACCGGCAACCGGCAACCAGCAGACCAGAGACGGACCGGAGACACACCGGAGACACACCGCCGGUUAGCCGGUUAGCCUGUUAGCUUCCCCGUGCUGUCGGUCAGAACGGAGGCGCGCGACGACGACGGACUGUUAAUGAGGCUGAUGACGGUCAACUACCGCAGUGUUGCUUCAACCUGAGCGACUACAGCAACCACAGCAGCAACACCUACAGCAACCGGGCUGCGGAGACCACGGACCCCCAGCAGCGGCUGCACCAGGGCAACCGGCAACCGGCAACCAGACUGUUGAUGUCUGAUGGCCACCAUGUUGCUUCAGCCCGACAGCAACUACAGCAACCACACCAACAGCCUGAGGGAGACAGGGCAACUAGCGCCCAGACUGUCGCUGUUUAAUCGUCACCGUGUUGCUUCAGUCUGAGACGGCAACUCAGCCUGCAACUACAGCAAACUAUAGCAACCAACAACUCAACCUGCAACUACAGCAACCAUCAACUCAACCUGCAACUACAACAAACUACAGCAACCAUCAACUCAACCUGCAACUACAGCAACCAACAAUUCAACCUGCAUCAUCCAGCAGAUUUGGUCUCCUGGUUGGACAGAUGGAUGUCCUCUCAGACUGUCAGACUGAUCAGCUGAUCUGGAGUCAGUCAGGUGACGACCUCAGGUUGAGUUAAGCUCCGCCCUCCGCUGCCCCUCCCUCCUGGUUCAGGUGAGGACGACAGCCAAUAGUAUGAGCCAGCUGAAGGAGGCGGAGCCUGGCCAGGAGAUGGAAGGCAAGGUGCAGACCUGGGCUCAGUCUCUGGUUUACACUCUGGAGGAACUGGAGUGUAAAAUCUGCUACAACCGCUACGACACUCGCAGCCGGAAACCCAAACUCCUGGGCUGUCUGCACCGGGUCUGUGCCAAGUGUCUGAAGAAGAUGGUCGACAUGGGAGAGUCCUCACCCUCCGUCAUCAGCUGUCCGUUCUGUCGCCACGAGACCCACAUCCCCGACGAAGAGGUGUGGUUGAUGGAGGACGACCGACACAUCCUGGCUGUUCUGUCGUGUCAGGAUCGAGCCCGCCGGGGAGGAGGUGGAGGAGGAGGAGGGAGGGGGGAGGUGGUGCUGAGUCCCAACAGUCUGACCGGAGGAGGCGGCGUGGAGUCUUCUCACCGCUCCUCAGACUGUCUGGUCAUCACCAUCAUGGAGCUCCCCGAGGAGUCUCCGUCCUCUGACUCACUGAGCAUGCUCAAUGUGGUGGGUCUGUACCGCCCCCCCAGCCUGGACUCCCUGCCCUGCAACCUGCCGGCUCAGAAGUGUCGCGCCUGGACGUCCCGCAGCUUCCCCCGCUGCCUGCUGGGGGCGCUUUGUCUGGUGUACUUCAGCUCUCUGCCUCUGGGGAUUUACCUGCUGAUGAUUGGUCAGCUGUGGCUGGGCGUGGUCCUGGUCAGUUUGGUUCCCUCCACGCUGCUGCUGCUCGUCCUCUACGGCUUCUGUCAGUGUCUGUGCCACGAGCUGAUGGAGGCGCUCGCCGCACGCACACGCACGCUGCCUUGACGACACAUGCUACUAUGACGACAACAACGCACGCUGCCAUGACGACGACGCACGCUGCCAUGACGACGACACACGCUGCCAUGACGACGCGACACGCUGCCAUGACGACGGCACGCUGCCAUGACGACGGCACGCUGCCAUAACGAUGGCAGGCUGCCAUAACGACGGCAGGCUGCCAUGACGACACGACACGCUGCCAUGACGACACGACACGCUGCCAUGACGAUGACAUGCGCUGCCAUGGCGUUGAUGCGCGCGGCCAUGAUAACGAUAACACGUUACUAUGACAACAAAAACACGUCACCUCUGCCAUCACGAACACAACAUUGCUCCUAACUACAACACCAGAAUUAACAUCAGAAUAACAACACAGCUGCCAUGACAACACAACAAUGCUAACAACCACAACAACAAAAUAACAGUUAACGCUGAAGUAGGCAAUAUUAUUUACAUGGCGUCCACAUGGCUCUGAAAGCGAGGAACCAGGACACGUAGAACCCGGAUGACCGUUGUUUGUGCAGAGUCGCUGUGAUUGGCUAGUUACGUGCUAGCUAAGCCUGAUUGGUUGUCUGAUUCAGACCGGGUCCAGUUUCUAAAAAAACGAAAUAAAAGGGGCGAGCGCCCACAGACACGUUUUUUUAAAGGAACCCUUUAAUUAAAUAUUGUUAGUGACGUGCAAAGGUCAAAAUUAGGUAUUUGAACUGACGUAGAAAAGGUUUCCGUCGUAGUCGUCUGGACGACGUUUCGGCUCCCAGGAAGUCCUUCUCAGUUGUGGAAAUGGUCUGAGAACUGGAUGGGAGCGAAACGUCGUCCAGACGACCACGACGGAAACCUUUUCUACGAUGGACCGCUCCUGGACGAAUGAGGGACGACAGCGUCCUGCUUCAGCUGACAUUAUAAUGAAAUGAUAUUGCCUGCUUCAGCUUAAACCAGUUAGUCAGAACAGAAACACUGCGACCAGUCAACACCUGUCCACUCUGACCCCGCCCUCUUCUGAAUACCAGCAUUACCCCCGCCCCCGUGAAGCUACAGCCAAUCAACCAGGACCAGGUGAUGACAUCAUCACAGAGAAGAGGCGGAGUCUGUCUGAACUCAUCUCUCUGGUGUUUUACUGUGAAGGUUUUUUGUCUUUGUCGCCUCCUGCUGGACGAACUAGGAACAAACAACAGGAGGAUUCAGACUGUGAGGUGAUGUCACAGGACACCUGUCAGCCAAUCAGAGAACCUGCUGUAGACUGAAGCGCUGUGCUGCGCAGACUGACAGACUUUAAAUAAAUUAACCAUGUUCGAAACAAAACCUGUAACUGUUUAAUAUGUUAAAUAUUUGUGAAAUGCCUUUUGUCAACACUGAUAUUUAUUAAAUCCUCUUGUUCUCUGUUUUCUCCAGUCAGGUGUUUCAGUGAGGUCCAGGACCGUUAGCCUAGCUUAGCACAAAGACUGGAAGCAGAGGGAAACGUUUAGCCGAGCUUCACCAAAGUCCUGAUGUUACUUCCUGUCGAUCUGAUCUAUAUGCUGCAUUCAGUGUGAAGAAGAUGAAGAACAGGAAAAUCUCCUAUUAUUACGACUCGGGAGAGUGAAACGACAUACAUACAAAAACUAAUUAUAUAUAUAUAUAUAUAUAUAUAUAUAUAUAUAUAUAUAUAUAUAUAACAAUGUUGUUUCUGCAGAAAUCUGCAGCAGCUGUUACACUUUGUGUCACAUCUGUUGCUGAUGUUACUGGCUUUGUAACUCAGCGAUCUAAAUAAUAAAUCUGCGUAAUAACCAACACAUGCAGGUGUUAAUGAGAUGUUAAGAUAUGAUGUCACACCACGACCUCCGACACUGACUGGUCUCAGAGCUGCUCAAACACAGAGCCUCAAAGCCGCCUUUGUUUUUUACAGUCAGGCUGUGACACGUGAUGAUGGUUGUUUUUAUUUAUUUAUUGUCUCUGAAUGUGUCGUGCUGAGUUUCAGCCCACUGAGCCUGAAAACACCAGCUGCAACAAGGGUAACUGUUUGUAAAACUAUCGGAUCUUUUAUUUUACAUUUCUGUCUCUACACCUGUUCAAUAAACUACGUACAACAUUCUCUUUUGAUGGAGCUAGGCUAACAGUUUCCCCUGCUUCCAGUCUUUGUGCUAAGCUAGGCUAACAGUUUCCCCCUGCUUCCAGUCUUUGUGCUAAGCUAGGCUAACAGUUUCCCCUGCUUCCAGUCUUUGUGCUAAGCUAGGCUAACAGUUUCCCCCUGCUUCCAGUCUUUGUGCUAAGCUAGGCUAACAGUUACUCCCUCAGAAAACAAGAUGAUUUAAUAAAUUGUAACGUUUUCUGUCCUUUAUAAAGUCCCAUCAUUUGUUUUUAUGUUUGAUUACUGAAUCGUGAUGAUGAGGAGGAGGUGACACCAGGUGACACUGACGGUCAGCUGACCUGCAGCAGCUGUCACUUCCUGUCUGUGUAGUGGGCGGAGCAUGUGGGGGAUCUGCUCCAUUUAGUUUCUGUGAUGAAACUUUGUAACAUCAAAUAAACUACAGACACUGAAAUAUGA